GUUGAAUAGUUGAGUCCUGAUUUUUUUWAAACAGAUUUCUCGAACUUUUUUACCUCGUGAACUUGAUUUUUCAGCGUUCUUAAUCGUGAAUAGGAGCUAUUUAAAAUGUUGUUAGGGUUACGAGUUGUUCGUGGUCCAGACUGGAAUUUAGGAAACCUUGAUGGCGAAGAAGGUGGGAUUGGUACAAUAGUGAGUGUCGAAAUUGGCCAGAACGGUAGGCCUUUGCCGGAGAAGAGUGUUUUGGUCUACUGGGAUUCAGGUCCAGCUGUGGUCUGUAGAGUUGGUUCGGGCGAGUGCUAUGACUUGCGAGUGUAUGACUCUGCGUCAUCAGGUGUCUUGCACACACAGUUUACUUGCGAUGAAUGUGACCAAUCAGGUAUUGCUGGGAUGAGAUGGCAUUGCUGUGAAUGCCACGACUAUGACUUGUGCUCUGAUUGCUACAUGACUGAUAAACACCACAAGGACCACAACUUCGUAAGGUUUGACAAACCCAAUAACAGAAUUGAUGGAUGUUUUCUCGAAGAUCGUUUAAACGCGACAAAAGUCAGAUCCAGAGGUAUAUUUCCAGGAGCGACAGUUCGUAGAGGACCGCACUUAACACUUAAUAAUGACUUGGGUUCCUCAGUUGGUCAAGUCGUUGAGUUCACAGCUUGGGAAAGAAAGCCAAGGAGUGCUGUAAUUAUUCAAUGGAGUGAUGGUCUUGAAACCACACAUAGGGUUGGUUAUGAAGGAAAAGUCGAUUUGGAGCUUGUUGAGUGUGCCGAUGGACCAUUAUAUUACAAGGAUCACCUUCCUGUCGUGGAGUACCAAUCAGCAGACACACAGGGAGAAUUUAGAGUCGGUGAUCAAGUGAGGGUGAAUCGGUAUAAUGAGACUGUGAAGAAAAUGACACAGGAAAACAGCGGAUGGGCCGCAAACGAAAGUCAACACCCACUUUGUCAAGUGGGAAGAAUUUUUAAGAUCGACGAUGACGACAACGUUCAUGUUGCAUAUGGACCAGUAUUGAUCCUCCACCGUAACGUAAUUCAAAAGGUCCCUGAGCUGCAAGUCCAAGAUGACCUCAAUAAUAUAAGUCAAUAUGUAGAAAUGCUUUUAAUGAACGAGUUCCAAGGUGACGUUGAACACGAAAUUCCAAAGGUACUAGAUAACGAGGAGGAAGGACCAGUGAUACGAGAAAUAGAUGAGAAUACCGAUGCCUUGUUUAAUGUCGAAAGUUUCCUUAAGAAUGAGGAAGUCUUAGAGCAGAAUAAUCUAGAGAUGACAGAAAUAGAGAUGAAGGAACAGCUUUUCUUAGAAUCCAUUGCUGGUGAUUUAGAAAGAGUACGAUAUAUUCUCACUUUAGACGAGGACUUGGUCAACGAGAAAUCAGAAAAGGGUAUAGCCCUACUUCAUGUGGCAUGCAAAUAUGGCAACGCCGAUGUCGUGUCUUGUCUAAUAGAGAAUGGAGCAGACGUGGAAAUAAAGGAUGAGAACGGAUUCACACCUCUACACUAUGCGGCCUCUGGGRAUAAGACUGGCGAGUGUGUAGUUCYCAUGUUGACUGCUAAUGCCAUCGUCAAUAUUGUGAGUGCAAAGACAAAGUUAACACCACUUCACUUGGCAGUGGACGCACGGAACUUACCAGCAGUUAGUGCUCUUAUAAACUCUGGACAAUGUGACGUUAAUUACCAGAAUGUAGCAGGGAACACACCCUUACACUGUGCAGUUUUUGCUGAGGAGUCGUCCAUCUUAGCUGAAAUUUUAAAAGUCUCUAUUGUUGAUCCCUACAUUUGCAAUAUUAAUGGACUUAACGCUUUGCAACUGGCCUGUGAACUUAACAAUAAAUCGGCUACCCGUGCGUUGCUGAAUAAAUUCCCUAAAUUGAUUGAUGUAAGAAACCAAGAUGGCUUUACUCCCCUGCACCUUGCUGUCCUAAGCAAACACUGCCAGAUUGCCAAACUUCUGAUCAAUGAGGGUCGCUGUUCCAUUGAUUUACCCGAUAACAACGGUGUAACAGCUUUAGCUUUAGCAGUGUCUUUAUCGCAUAAAGACAUGAUAGAGAUUCUGAUGGAGUGUGGUGCAAAUGUGAAUGCUGUGGAUAAUGGUGGUGACACACCUCUUCAUGUUGCACUCAUGAAAUACUAUGCAUUACAGAAAGAACCCGAUCCAGGAUUCGUUGGGCGUUCAAACAUAAAAUUGCAGGAUGCCAUCAUAAAGUCUCUAGUUCUUCGAGGAGCAGACACCAGCUUGAAAAAUAAACAAGGAGACACGCCUCUAGAUGUCUGCGUCUAUGAUGAGUUGGCAAACACCCUUAAAGAGCUGUUAAAGUACCCAAGUGCUUCAAUGGUAGCAAAAGCACCAAGACGUGAUUCCCUUGCAGAGGGUGUAAAAGAAUAAGCCAAGGACACUUGUGACGUAGCCUCACCAACCUCUUCUAAAGAUUAUGCUAAACCAAGCAACCGUUCCAAGGACGAUAGAUCAAAUUCAGAGGCUUUUCAGAGCGUCCUAACGGGUUGCGAUGACACCAAUAUACCGGCACACGAUGGCCGUAGUGCAUAACCAAGGUGCAAAUGAGAACGACCAGCAUGCGGCUCAUACUAAAGGACGGAUCAUUAGAUAGUUGAUGGGGGAGGGGGGGGGGAAUUCCCUGAAAAAAUAUC